AUGAGGGGGAAAAGAGGCAGGCCGCCCAAAACCCUGCUGAUGCAGGAGCCUUCAUCCGAGCCGGAGCGUGGCUUGAGACCCAGGAGGGAGUUGAGGGCAAAGGGGAGAGGUAGUACCGAGGUCGAUUUUGAGAGUCCCAAGAGGGGAAAUAACUCUUCAUCGAGGGGCAGGAGAAAAGUGGGAUCAUCCACGGUAUCUCGCGGUAGGGGAAGAGGCAGGGGGGGUGGUGGUGGCAGAGGUACUAGGGGCAGACGGUCAAUCGCUAGAUCUGUGGUUUAUGAUGAUCAUGAAAGUGAUGAAGAUGAUGAUGCUGUGAGUUUGAGAUCUGAGGAGGACGAGUUGAUAGAGGAAGAAACGAUAACGGACGAGGAAGAAGAGGCCCUCAACGAGGAGUCAGACCCGCUUGAGGAAAUACUCGAGGAGGAGGAUGAUGAUGCCAGCUACUGUACUGAGAGCAGCUUUCGGAGUCAGAGCACUCAUGGCAGCACUCCGGGUAAAACCGCAAUAUUGAUCAAGCUGCUUAGAGAAUGUUAGAAAACAAUGACAUUGUAACUAAUUAUAAUUUGUCUGGGCGUAUUUUUAUUGGCAUUAUUUCUUAUAGUGCAGGAAGCUGUAUUGUUCAAAAUGGAGAAUGCACUGACUGUGUAUAAAAGCAGGCCUUGCUUGAGAUCAAAAUUGGUGAUGAUGGAAUGAAAGCUUUGCAUUUAGCCAUCUAGGCAGGGCACGAGAGCCGAAUUGCACAUUUUUGAGUUCUGAAACAUUCACACAUCUUUAACUAACAGUAUUGUGCGAGAUGUUAGUAUAAUUGUGUUUGCUAGUUUUGAAUCUGACUUGGCUAUUGCAAUAGCUAGGUUGUUAUAAGGACCUUAUCUAAGGUCUAACGUUAGCAAGCUAGGCUAACAAGCUAAUGCCUGAACCUGCUAAACAGCUGUAAAGGCAGAUUGAUCAUUUCGAAAACAACUAAAAUGACCAACAACAAUAUAUUACCAUAACAUGCACUAAUAACUGGAUUGUUUCUUAUUAUAAAACAACGCCUGAUGAUGCAUAAUUUCCUUGCAGGUGAAUAGCUACUUACCACGUCUGGCUAGCUAGCCAAAUAUUUUGGAUAAAUGUGUCUAAAUGAAUGAGACUACUUAAUUAACGUGUUGUUUUUCUUUAACCUACUCUAACUUAUUAUUAGCUUCUCAUACCUAGCAUAGGUUUAUUUUUACAGCUGAGAAGCAGAUGAGUUCUUCAAGCUAGCAAGUUAGCAAUGUCAUGGGCUCAUGCACUUGUCCAGGAGGACCCAGCUAGUUUGCUAGUAGUCCACAUCAGCUCGAGCUAAUGACAGGACAGGGUACCAUGUGGCCCAUUGUUUUGAAAAUAAGCGCCCUCAAUUUCACCAGUUGUAACUGUGUGGAAGAAGUUUCAGUGACGCAGCACAAUAAUGUUUUACAUUCCCCAAAGUACAUAAUGGAAUUAUUAAUUUCAAUGUUAUAUUAAUAUCUGUAAUAUUUCAUAUCCAUAAGCUGUUGUAAACUUUGUAAAUUGAAUGCAGAGGUUAUUUUUGUUUCAACACACUUUUGAUGCACAUUUUCAUCACACACAGUAGAUAGAAGCAACUAUUUUGAUUAGAUUAAAGUUAAUUAUUAUUUGUUGAAAGUAUAAUUUGAAAGACACUGACAAAACUAUGUAAGAAAGAUGCUUUUCUGCUAUUAUACAGAUAUAAUUUGUAAUGAUUAUGUUGCUGUUGCAAAACAUUAUCACAGUGUUUGGAUUAGACCCAUUUAAGAAGUAAUUUUUUUACAUUGAAGGGAAUGUCCAUUGUGUUAGAUUUCAACAUUUGUUCACUUGUAAAUUCUGUCUUUAACGAAAAUACACAGAAACAAGUUGAUCUAUGAUUUAAGCCCUUGAGCCAAUGUAAUUCUGCUGUGUUUGGGUUUUAUGUAUGAGUUACAGAAUGCAAUUUCAGUUUUAGUUAGUCUUUAAAUCACAUGGAUUAUGGCACUCACUCUCUCUCUCUCUGUCUGGCAGGGCGGAAGAGGACGCGGGUGCAUUGCCCUCGCUCGCCCAAUCUUUGAGGAAAAGGAGAUCCCUCCUCUGGAGUUGCCCAGAACCUCUGAGGACCUCAUGGUGCCCAGCGAGGAACUGCUCAAUGUGUCCUCCAUCUACGAGGUGCUGCGCAACUUCAGCACGGUGCUGCGGCUCUCUCCCUUCCGCUUCGAGGACUUCUGUGCUGCGCUGGUAGGCCAGGAGCAGUGCACGCUGAUGGCAGAGACCCACACAGCCCUGCUGAAGGCCAUUCUGCGUGAGGAGGACACCUCCAACACCACGUUCGGUCCUGCCGACCUCAAGGACAGCGUCAACUCCACCCUCUACUUCAUUGACGGCAUGACGUGGCCCGAGGUGGUGCGUGCCUACUGCGAGAGCGACCAGGAGUACCACCAUGUCCUGCCCUACCAGGAGGUGGAGGACUACCCCUACGGCCCGCUGGACAGUAAGAUCAAGGUGCUGCAGUUCUUGGUGGAUCAGUUCCUCACCACCAACAUUGCCCGCGAGGAGUUGAUGUCAGAGGGGGUGGUGCAGUAUGAUGACCACUGCAGGGUGUGCCACAGGUUGGGGGACCUGCUGUGCUGUGAGACCUGCUCUGCGGUCUACCACCUGGAGUGUGUGAAGCCGCCACUGGUAGAGGUGCCAGAGGACGAAUGGCAGUGUGAGAUCUGUGUGGCACACAAGGUGCCCGGGGUCACAGACUGUGUGACAGAGAUGCAAAAGAGCAAACCCUACAUCCGCCAGGAGCCCAUCGGCUACGACCGCCAACGGAGGCAAUACUGGUUCCUAAACCGAAGGAUAAUUGUGUAAGUAAUUACUGCUCCCCCACCCCACUUCCCUUAGUAGUGACUUCAACAAUAUUAUGCACCAUCUCCAUACCAUACUGAUUGAUCUCAUCUGAGCGAUACAUCGUGUUUUGUGAUGUAGUCAGAGAGUGGCGAUAUGUCCUUGAGGUUCUUGAAAACAAGUUAAUCAAUUGCCUUCAGAAUUACUACAUUACAACAUCCCUGCUGUCUUUUUCCAGUGCUGAAUUGCUUGGUAUAACAUCAGUCAUGUCCUGUAGAUAGAAUAAUACACCUUUUGUUGCUGAACACUAUGUACACACAGAUUGCCUGAGAAAGCUGAACAUAUAUUUUUUAACUUGAAUUUUAGUAGCUGGAUGUUGCUGGUAAUCCCCCACAUUCAUGUAGAAGCAGCCUGGAUUAAACAUUUACUGGGUAUGAAAAAUGUAGCUGAUUUCAACGAUGACUCAAUCUGAGGGUGCUGUGAUCGUUAACUAUGCCCUUAGUGAGGGUGAAACUCCUGUGCUGUGAUGCCAUAGCCCCCCUGAGAGUUAACUGAACUGCUGCUGGAGUAUCAGCUUUCUCAUCACGUUGCCUCUCCUCCAUUUGAACAUGUCUUCACAAUUGCUUGUAAUUGGUCUCUCCUCUUGCAAGAGGCAAACAAAAAAGAAAUAAGUGGGCUGAAAAACAACAUGCUUUUGAAUGGAAUUGAAGCUUAUUGCCAAUUUGCAUUCAGUAUAAAUGUUAUUUUUAAGGUUAAGAUAUCUUUGUGUCCAGCUUAACGAUGCCUCAUGCAGCAUUAUAUGCCAUCCAAUGAUGCCAUCUCAUGAUCUAUUCAUUAAGGUCCUUGAACCUGUUUUUAUCAACAAACUAAUUGUCAAUUAUAUUCCAUCUUAUUUGGCAAAGCUCUAAAAAUGGUUGUUGACCUGUUAUUCCAGUGAGGAGGACGGGGAGCAUGAGAAGAAGAAGAUCUGGUACUACAGCACAAAGGUCCAGCUGGGAGAGCUGAUAGAGUGUCUGGACAAGGAGUACUGGGAGAACGACCUGUGUGCCGUCCUUGAGGAGAUGAGAGAGGAGGUGCACACUCACAUGGACAUCACUGAGGACCUCACCAACAAGGCCCGCGGCAACAACAAGGCCUUCCUCACGGCAGCCAACGGUAAGGCUAGACAGCCACCUGCUGGAUGCUCUGAAUCACUGUCUGUCACGCUGAAGCAUUUUUAGCUGGUCCGUGGCUUCUAUGCGUUGUCAAUAUAGAAAUGUCAAUGACGACCCCUAGGCUACAUGUUGUAUAGCCAGCGUGUAGCUCCUGUGGGAAUUGCAUUCCAAUAAAUCUCUGGAGAGGAGAGUACAUUCUCCCUCAUGCUGAAGUAUGAUUAGGACGGUUGAAGUAUUAGAACUGUCAGAGGGCCGCAGGUAGCCUAGCGGUUAGAGCGCUGGGCCAGUAACUGAAAGGUUGCUGGUUCGAAUACCCAAUUCGACAAUGUGAAAAAUCUGUCUGUGCUCUUGAGCAAGGCACUUAACCCUAACAUUCUCCAGGGGUGCUGUACUACUAUGGCUGACCCUGUAAAACAACACAUUUCUCUGCACCUAUCCAGUGUAUGUGACAAUAAUAAAGCAUCAAACAUCAUAGAUUUUGCUAUUCCCCUCUCUUUCUCAGUCUUUUUACUUACCAUGCAAACAGCGUUUUUUAAAGCACUGUGUCUGUUUCUCUGUGUGGCUACUCUACUCCUCCUGGUUUGUUAUAGAGCCUUCCUUUCUAUGUGCAUUUCCUGACUACUAGAUCUCAGAGUUUACACAAACCAAGCUUGCUUGGUUCUAGUUGAACUGUUUUGGGAUCAGUCUCCUCAAUUGUUAGACAAUGAGGGCUUUGUGACAGAUAUUCCAAAGACAAGAUUUUCUUUAAAGCCAAUGCAGAGUCUUUUCUCUCCUGUCUAGUUCCAUCUGUACCAUCUGUGGUGAUGAAUAGGCCUUGCUGGUAUGUUAUCCUCUUGAGAAGCCCAUUGCUCUGGUGCACUGCUUCAUCCUCCCUCUGUUCACUGGAGCUGGUGACACCUGUUUCUCUCCCUAUGACAACCUCAGUUAUGAACCAUUGGCGGGUGGGGAAUGGAGAUUGAUUUCAUUUUUCAUCUUCUCCUGUGACCCAGGACACUUUCAGAGACAUAAUGCUUUCUGCUGGCUGUCCACAUCUUUUUUUUGUUAGAUCUAUUUCCCUGAAUUAAGAUUGGAAUCUCUCUGUCUGCCUUUUAUGGGGAGAGAUUUUAUACUAUAUCAUCAUAGAACACAUUAUUGAUUCUCCACUCUCUUGCUUUUAGUGCUCAGACAGCAGCUUCAUUAAUGUCAUCUCCGGAGCGUUGACCCGCUGUUGCGUUUCAGGGAACAAUAGUAGAGACAGCAAGUCAGGAGUUCUAAUGAGUUGUUCUUGGUUUUAGCUGUCAAUGGCUAACUAUAUUGGUAUUUAACUGUGCUGGUGAUCAUACGUGUUGUGACUUGGUUAUUAUUACCUGUCACAAUCCGUUUCCACUCAUUUUUCACACAGUCUCAAGUAGUGCUAGAAGGUGUAUUAGCAAUCUGUAAGAUUGAGAUGUUUGUGUGGUUGUUCUCUGAAUGUGAGAGACGGCUUCUAUGAGAACCAGGCUGGAAGGGGUAAACCUAGUGACAGGAUGAUCUUGACACUGUUACAGCCAUUAUACAUAGGCCUAUGUUACUUUCCAAUUGCAAUUUUAUCAGUUGGUUUUAUAUUGUUUCAAAAUGCGUAGGAGAGCAAUAUUCUCAAGGGGAGUGUGGAAAGCAAUUAUGGUUUAACUCCAUUAUAUUUGUAAUGCCAUCCUGUAAUAGAACAACAUCAUUUCAACAUUAAACAGGCUAGGGCUAGUGUUAGCCAAACAACUCCAUUCCAUUUCUUAUUGUGUAGCAUCGUUUUUCUGGUUGUGAAUUAGCUACUUGACACAUCCCCUUGUUUUAAUGCCUGAAAAAAAACAACAUUACUGGCUGGUUGUGAGCUUAGACAUACGGACAUGCAUAACAAUGUAAUAAACAACAUGUAGACCUACUGAUUUACACGUAAGGUUGAAAUGUAGUCUCCGGUCAAACAGACCUAGCAUGCUGUGUGGGUGUUGGCCAUAUGUUUAUCAGCUGUGUUGUUGUUUGUGUAGAUGAGAUCCUGGAGCGUGUGCAGGCCAGGCAGGAGCAGCGGGCAGCGGAGCAGGCAGAGAAAGCCAGUCAGGUAGCAGGUGACAACAACCCCGCUAUAGACACCACCAAGACAGAGGAAGAGACCCCCACACACUGCUCUCCACGGCCAGACAACAGAGAGCUCCAAGACCCUGAGUCUGAAGCAAGCUCACAAGGUAAGACUGGAGUAGCUCUUCUAUGUGAGUUGUUUAUUGCUUAUGAAGUCCUUUUCUGGAUGCGUCUUUUAUGUAGCCUUUUGAAGAUGGCUACGUCUUUAAAAAAAUCUAUUUCAAAAGUGUUGAUCUGGUGAGGCAGUUGUGUGCUAAAGAUCCAGAGUGAGUCUUGUAUGUUUCACAGCAGCUGCAGCUCCACCUACUGGAGAAGAGAACACCACCGUCCAACCUGAGCCCCCUAAGCCUGCUGAGGUGUCCUGCUCGGCCCCCUCUGAGAGUGGGGACGCCUCCAUGGAGCCUGAGCAGGAGAGGCCAGGUACAUGAUGGAGAAAGAGCCCAGCAAUCCGCAUCUCUCCUCCCAGCCUCUCGUCCUCCUUGUCACACCUCGCUGUGGCUAUGCAUGUGUGCAUCCAUCAUCAUCGGUCUCAUGCUCUGGCUGUCUCAAAGCAUCCUCCAUACUGUAGUUGUGCAUAAUGUGAUGUGAUUGCUGUCACAGGAUGCAUUGCUGUGGAGUCACUGCUACAGGCUUUUUGCUGCUGCUUCUUGGCUAGAUGAUGAUAUUCAUGCUAGUUGGCUGCACCUCAAUGUGACCAGUUGUUGAUUUGAUUAUUGGCUCUGUUUGGUAGAAAGUGUACUAAAGAGUGCUAUUGGACCAUUAAGGCUAAGUCAUAGCUUCCUUUGAGGAAGAGAGUAUCUUGAAUGACUGCACCACGGUUACACAGUAUGCCUGUCUGGUUGUCUACUAAUUCAAUACAUGGAUGACUAACAGAGGGAAUGGAUUCUCUGUUGGGCAGCUUUCACUUAGUCCCCCCGUCCAGAGUAAUGAGUGUAACAGAGGGGGCUCUACUCUCCCACAGUACUGCUCACUUCACUAUCACUCAUUAAACUGACCGGUGUUGCUCACUUACUGAAAUAAUUAUCCUUCAGGAAUAAACAUAUUUUGUCAUAAGUCUUUUCUUACUCCUCAAAGCACUCUGCUUUUCACUUCUGCUUAUGUAACAUUUAAAUAGCCCAUUAUUGAAUCCCCUUAUUUCUGUGGUUUUCCAUCUUCAUAUGAUCAGGAUCUCUGGUGCAUUGGGCCUUUUUGCGGGAACUUGUGCUCUUGCUAUCCAUCCAUGUUGUGUUCCAUUGUCUUGUGUAGUGUUCAGCAUGCAAGGCUGAACAGUGCUCAGGAGGCUCUAAGUGUAGCCAGUUGUUAUUCUAGUCACCUUGUCAAUUGCUUGCAUGUUCUAUUUUCUCAAUGCAUUCAUUGUGUUAGCCGGUCCACACACUGAAAACUUGUUCUCAGAUAAUGGCGUUUCAGCUGCAGCCAGCAGCAUCCCUGGCAGGCAACGCCCACCAUGCUAAGUCUGUCACAACCAACCUCUUAUUCUCACUCCAAUUCAUCAGGGAAAUUGGCCUCCGUUCCUUUAGCGGAAACAAAAGGCUGGCUGCCUUCCUGAACCUUCCACCUGCUACCUCAGCGCAGUAUAUACAGCAGGGCCAUUUUAACCCACAGCUCAGAAACACAAUAUCUUUCUUAAUUUGGUUCUGCAGCCGCGUGUUGCACUGUUUGUGUUGUGUUGCACUGUGUUCUUUCCUGGCUGGAGGGGAUUUAGCCUUAUCUGUCUGCCUGGACUGCUGAAAUGCAAAUUCUUGCUCAGACUCGCAGAUUAAGCAUUUCCCUGGUGUUAUGCUAAUUGUGCAUUAUCAUUAAGGAACAGGUGAGGCGGGGAAGGCAUCAAGCCAAACGCAUUCUGUUUGUACAUUUGUUGUGGAUUACAGGUUUUGUCCGUGUUUGCUCUGCAUUGCCGUCAUCAUUUGCAAUACUUUCUCAGUAUAGACAGCUGGUGCUGGUGUUGACGCAUGUUUUCAGACAAAGGGAGCCUAAGGGGUUUGUGCUGCGCAGCUUCUCACUGUUCAAUCCUCUCCUCCUCCCCAGAUGAUAAGCCUGUAGACUCAGAGUCCCAUGGAGAGGAGGACCCCUCUGCCCAGUGCCAGCCUACUCCACCACCACCACACCCUGGUGACGAGAACAGCAACAGCAGCCACGUCUCAGCGCCUGGGGUCCUCAGGAGGCCUGAACAGCCAAACCUCGCUGACAGGUCCUCUCAGUCCUCCAUCACCAGCCAGGAUGACACGGGUAUACCGUCGCCAUACUAUCCAUGCACUCAGUCCUCUGGAGGCACUCUGUUACUGAUGAAUGCCCUGACUCAUUCAACUUUCAAGGGCCUUGACUACCAAGUGACAUUAGAGAUACUGUUUGUAUCAUUGAACACGCUGUGCUGGUAUUUGGCCCAAUUACUCUUGAAUCCUUUAUUCAUGAUUGACUUCUCUCUUUUAAUUAAUCAUCCCUGAUCUUAAUGAUGUGUUCUGUUGCUCACAGGUGAAGGCAAGGAGAGUGUGAAUGGUGAGGGGUCAGUGUCAGGACGGACUAACAAUCGCAUAGUGACUCGUCUGCGUAACCCGGACAGCAAGCUGAGCCAGCAGAAGACCCAGGGAGAUGGCAGCCCUACACCCAGGGACAGCAAGGAGGUGAGACACCAACCAGACACUGUGUUAACCUUCUGUCCUCUUUGUGGGAUUUCACCCACAGGCUAGUCUCUCACAUUAGAAGGCAGCUUUAGCAGGAUUAAAUGGAUUGUCCUGUUAUAUUUUCAAUCAUCUAGACUGAAAUCCAGUCCUCUGUUCCACAUCGACUCACUUCUUUAUUACAUAAUGUUACACAAUUUAUUGAACUACCGGUAGUCUCCCAAUUACAGAAUCCCUAGGAAACAAUUCCUCUCUUCUCAGCUGUGUCUCUAUUCAGCUCAGUAUAUAUCCCCCUGUGGGUCUCUCCAUCAGACAUCUCCUCCCAGCUCUGAGAGUGAAGUGGCUCGCCUGGAUACUGUGAGGAAAGAAUUGACGGUGAAGGGCAACCUGAACAACUUCUUCAAGCUGGGCCAGGAGGGCAAGUUCCGCGUCUACCACAACCAGUUCAGCACCAACACACUGGGCCUCAACAAGCACCAGCAUCGCGAGGACCACGACAAGCGCCGCCACCUCUCCCAUAAGUUCAGCCUGACCCCCGCCGGGGAUUUCAAGUGGAACGGCUCCAUCCACGGCUCCAAGGUGCUGACCAUCUCCACCCUGCGGCUCACAAUCAUCCAGCUGGAGACCAAUGUACCCGCCCCCUUCCUGCACCCCAACUGGGCCUCGCACAGGUACGCUCCAGCAGACUACUUACUCUGGCAUAGGAAAGUGGGGUUUUGAACUGAUUCACACAAUGGAGAACUUGAAUAUGAUUGGCUGAUAAGGUAAUGUAAGGAAAUCCUGUUUUGCCAUAUAGUGAGGUUGUAGGUUUGUGAUUUUACAGGACAAACUGGAUUAAAGCGGUGCAGAUGUGCAGUAAGGCUCGGGAGUUUGCCUUGGCGCUGGCCAUCAUGGAGUGUGCUAUCAAACCAGUGGUCAUGCUGCCUGUCUGGAAAGAUGCACUUGGACACACCAGGUAAGAGACAUGGGUUGUGACUCAAAGGACUUAAUUCAUUGCUGAAUUGAGUUUUGAUGAAAAAAGGAUUUCAAAUAUAGUCAUAGCACCUCGAUCUAACUGCUCUCUGCAGUCUAGUUUACAAUGCUAAACUGAAUUAAUUAUAUUGCUUCACUGCUCUGCUGAUUAUGAAGCAUUUUGUUCACCUCUCUUCAGUGCAGAGGUCUGUAGUGGUGUGGGCAGUGUAUGCAGAGUAGCUGACGCUUUUCCCAUGAGUGAGAAGAGGUUCAUUGUUGAAAAGAAUAGAGCGCUGGCUAAACAAGCCAGAGUCACCUUGCUGUUUUAAUGUCUUUUUUUCACUCUCCCCCCUUCCCUCUCCCCUCAGGCUCCAUCGCAUGACCUCCAUGGAGCGGGAGGAGAAAGAGAAGGUGAAAAAGAGAGAGAAAAAACUGGAGGAUGAGGAGACUAUGCAGCAGGCCACCUGGGUGAAGUACACCAUCCCCAUCAAACACCAGGUAAAUCUGGGUUCACUUUUCUCUCAUGUCCUGUUUGGGCUUUUAUGACUGCAUGAUGGCUGACAACAUAAUAAUCUCUUCUUUUGAAUGUGAUCGCGUAGUCUUCAUCUAACUGGUUCUUUCUCUCUGUGUGUAAGGUGUGGAAGCAGAAGGGGGAGGAGUACAGAGUAACGGGGUACGGGGGCUGGAGCUGGGUCAGUAAGACUCACGUCCAUCGCUUUGUUCCCAGGCUACCAGGGAACACCAACGUCAACUACCGCAAAGCACUCGAAGGUAAGUGUUUCUUCUGUACACGUAUUAUCCCUGUUGUCUCAUCUCACUGAUGAUGAUCAAGGGCACUCAAGCAGAAAAUGUGGCUCCAGAAUGCCUCAGUAUAAAUUAGGUGCUUCAUGUGAUUUCAUUUUCAUCUCUCUACAGCAGCUAAAACUGGCAAAGAAAAUGCAACGUCCAGCCUAAACAAAUGGAAACGGUUGCCCAAAGCACCAACAAGCUCAGAAACCCAGGGAAAAGAAGAGUCUGCUCCAAUUACUGAAGAAAAAGACAAGGAGCAAACCUCCACCAUGGAGUCAUCUGGGAGCACUUCACCAGGAGAGGGGCAGACUCUGAAAGAGGAGGAGGAGAAGGAAGAUAACAAUAUCACAGAGAAGGUGGAGGAAAAAAAUUUUGAUCAGGUGGAGGAGGAGACUGAGGACAAGAUGGAUGUUGACCCCAGUCCACCAGACACCUGUCUCAGUGAGGAAAAAGGUACAAUGAUAUUACUUUUCAUCAAUAAACAAAGAGGGUCCCCUGCUGUUUAUCUGAAUAAGAAAUUGUAAUAGAUGGCAUUUGUUAUUUUCCCGACGCUUGCUAUGAUUGACUGUGUUCUACAUUCAUCCCAUACUUAGCAGCUGUCUGUCAGGGCUCACAGUUAGCAUUUUCUGGCUAAUAUCAUUCAUUGAGUUCUCUCUCUCUCUCUUUUAGGUAUAGUGGACAGCAAAGACCCCUCGUCACCGACUGACCCUGCUGUGAAGGUGGAGCCCAGGGAUGGAGAAGAACCUAAGCAGGAGGACUCUGAGGCCAAGCCACCUGUCCGCCCCUUCAACUGGGAUGUGGUGAAUGUCAGCGAGGGCUUCCAGCUCCGUACGGCCUACAAGAAGAAGGUGAAGACGUCCAAGCUCGACGGGCUGCUGGAACGCAGAGUGAAGCAGUUCACCCUGGAGGAGAAGCAGAGGCUGGAGCGGCUCAAACAGCAGUCAGCCCUGGCCAAACACACAAUCUACAAAGAGAAAGUUCAUACAGGGACUCCCACCACCGUCAAGACUGAAGCUUCUACAGCAGACAAGGAGCAGGACAAGUUAGCAGUGACACCGUGCACUAGUCUGAAAGCUGAGGGGCAAACAGACUCUGUAGUUAAAGACUCAAUCGUUAAAAGGCUUGACUUUGACCAGGAGCAGCCAGUGAAAUCCCAACCCUCAGGAGAGACAGAUAACCUGGACGUCAGAUUAGGCUCCACCUGUAAGCCCCAGGCAGCAGGAGCCACAGGCCCCAACCUCAACACCAUAGGGUUGGCCAACCAUGAGAGCAGCGUUCAGGGCAAUGGUGGGGAUGCGUUAUCGCAAACAGAGCUGAAUGGAGGCUUCCAGAAAACCAUAGAACUCAACAAAGUCAAUUCGACAUCCCUAGAACCGGCUUUAGGUGCGGCCAAACCUCCCAAAGCAGAGGUGACGAUAGCAGGAGAAAACGGUAAGAAGCAUGGUUAUGAGGAGACAGAGCAAGGCAAUGGACAGAGGGAGACAGAAAGCAUGGAGGUAGACCAAAGCAAACCACAUCAAGUGCAGGUGAACGGGAAAGACGCUGUUGACAACCAAGGCUCCUGUAGACUCAAAGAUGCACUUAGACCUGGCCAACAAAGUGGAUACCAAGGCCAUGCUCCAGACGUUAGAGGGUGAGAUCAAAGCGCUGCCGGUGAAGGAGCCUGUAAAGUCCAUUAUGAACGGUACUCUCUCUCAGGACGGGUUAAAGGUCAACAGCACUGUGUUAGCCACCAGCCCAGCCUUGGCGGACGUAGAGAGGAAAGGUUGUGGUGUCCGAGCCUGACUACCUGCCUCCUCAGAAGGUUGCCAGACUGGAGAAUAAUGGCGAAAGGGUGGCAGACUCUGUCACCUCGUCACUGUUAGGGCUGUCCACUGGUGUUCCCAAGGUAAGCAACAGUACCAAGUCUGAGCCAAUGGAGAUUGGGCAGACGGCAUCCAAUAAGAUCACCCCGUUUCCUAUCCCCACUGCAGAGGAGUCCAGCUUGAGUAACAACACCACAGAGAGUAGCAGUAGUGGGGCGCUGAAGACCGUCACCACAACCACUACUACCACCGUGUCGACAGAGUCUCGCACGGUGCAGAUAGCCGAGGUCUCCAGCAGCAGUAAGCCUGCAGUGACGCCUGCUGCAGAGAGCAGUGCUGUGUCCACCCUCACCACCAUGACCAAGACCACUGUCACCAGGGUCAGCUCCCCGACCCUCGGGGCCACCGUCUCCGAGGAGACCAAGACUGUUGUCACGGCAACGUUGACAGAUGCCAAAUCUGGCCCCUCAGGCACUUCGGUCACCUCCAUGACGGUCAGUAAGGAGUACUCCACCAGAGAUCGUGUCCGGCUGCUCAAGUUCUCCCGCUCCAUGAAGACCCGCUCUGGCACGGCCCUCCCCUCCUACCGCAAGUUUGUCACUAAGAGUAGCAAGAAGAGCAUCUUUGUACUGCCUAAUGAUGACCUGAAGAAGCUGGCGAGGAGAGGGGGCAUCAGAGAGGUGCCCAUCUUCAACUACAACGCCAAGCCAGCCCUGGACAUCUGGCCCUAUCCCUCCCCCAGACCCACCUUUGGAAUCACGUGGAGGUUAGUCAAGUAGUUGACCCUUAGUUAUUAGGCUGCCAUUGUGCAGUGGGCUCCUCAUAGGCCUUUCACUGAAAUGAAAAUACAGAAAGCCAACAAUACUAGGGCUGAAACCAUUGAGAACAGGGGAACCAUGUACAUUUGUCCAUAUAGCUCUUGGUUUAAGGUUGUUUCGGUAACACUCACUGACUUGGGUCUCCCAUGCAGAUACCGUCUCCAGACUGUAAAGUCUCUGGCGGGGGUCAGUCUGAUGCUGCGGCUGCUCUGGGCCUGCCUGAGGUGGGAUGACAUGGCCGUCAAGCCCUCCCCUGCUGUAGGAACCACCCGCACAGGUGAGUGCACAGCAAUGCUACCCUCCUCUCCCUCUCUCUGCCCUCCCCCUUCCUGUCUCUAAAUUUGAAGAUGAGGCACCAUUUCAAACUGACAUAUUUCCUUUCUGCUCUCCCCAGAAUCCUCGGAAACUGCGAUCACCACAACGGAGAUCAUCAAGCGGCGAGAUGUGGGGCCGCACGGCAUCCGUUCGGAAUACUGCAUCAGGAAGAUCAUCUGCCCCAUUGGCGUUACCGAAGCUCCCAAAGGUAAAAGGAUGAAACCACAAUCCUACAGUGGUCUCAUGAAUCUUUGCUUUGGAUUGCCUUGCUCAGCUUGUUUCUCACCUCUUCUAGUGUUCUCUCUCAAGUACCUGAGUAGGCAAAUCCUUUGCAAUGUCAGUGAAAAUAUGAAGAUUGAGAAAGUUCACUGUUUAUCCCACAAUAGAAAGGAUUACAUUAAUUGACAGAAGUCAAUACUUCUAGUGAGGGGUUUUGUCGUUUUCCCUUUACCUCAUUCUUUCUCUCAUCCUCUCUCUCAUCCUCCUGAGUAGAAACACCCACGCCCCAGAGGAAAGGCCUGCGCUCCAGCGCUCUGAGGCCAAAGAAGCCUGAGCCGGCCAAGCAGACUGGGCCCAUCAUCUUAGAGACGUGGGUGGCCGAGGAGGAGCUGGAGAUCUGGGAGAUCAGAGCCUUUUCAGAAAGGUGAGCAGGCGGACUGGCCUUAGCCUUGUGGCUGGGGCUGGAGAGAAUAAGCUGCUGUACUGCUUGAUAUUAUGUGACCUUUGAACCUUUACUUCCCUCAAGAUGUCUUGUUGUAACCCUGCCCAGGUAUGUUGUGUUGUCUUGUCAUUGGAUGUAGUAUGACUAACUGGCUUGUCCUCUUGUGGGCACAGGGUUGAGAGGGAGAAGGCCCAGGCUGCAGACCAGGCUAAGGUUAGUAGAACGCUGAAGACAGCAGAGGAGGCCAAGGCCCAAUUGGAGGCUCAGCUAAAGCACCAGAGAUUGGCUGCUCAGCAGGUGGGAAGAUCAGACAAGUUUCCACCUUGCACAAUGGUGACACCUAGACUCCCUACAAUCCACCCCCCCCCCCCCCUCAGCCCAAACCUGGGGGUGCACAAACACUAAACACGGGGAGCUGGGACAUUUCAAGGGCCUCUGUUUGGGUUGGUUUUGAUCAGAAUAAUUGUCCUUUUAAACCAUGUGCAAUUACAAAUGUGUAUUGGAGGUGAUGUUAUGUAUUAUUCAGAUGAGACAUGUUCACUAUGUACUCACACUCCUUUACUCAUGUCUCCACUUUCCAAUGAGUUUGGUGUUUCUAUAUGGUUUAGCAUAGAUUUAACAUCUGUACCUUUGCGUUGUAGAAACGGUUGGAGCAACAGAAGCCUGGUGCCACCACCUCCACCCCCACCAGCACCCCUACAACCUCAGCCUCUGGCACUCCGACAUCCCUGACCAGCCAGGUCACUUCAGGGACUAAACUGGUCCUGGCCACCAAGCUGGGGAACACCUGUCACAUUCCAGCAGAACAAGAACUUCCAUCAGUCGUUUGCUUCCUGGGUCAAGCAGGGCCAGGGUAGUCCAGGUGAGUCUGGCGACUACUAGCUGCUCAUCCUCAAUCAUGGUAGUGGCUACUGUGGGGGUGUGUUUUAAGUUGAUAGUGAUUUUUUUAUAUUUGUUUAUUUCUGUGUUUUUGGUUGUAAGACGUUUUCAUUCCCCAUUCACUUUUUAAUGGUGGCCAUUGAGGUUCACUUGUAGAUGUUGAAAAUCGUUACAACAACAUAGAUCAUUUUAGUGUUUGGAUUCUUAUUUUUUCAUUUGACCUAUUUUGAUAGAUAUUUACGGUGUGUUGAAUUGCCUUAAUGGCCAGUGGUGUCCACUUCCUGUAUACGAAAAGUGUGGGGCUGGGAAAGAGAAUUAUAAAAACCUUUGGAAUAACUUUUGACUCCUAGAAAAAAGUGAAGUUUCAGGCUCAUAAUCAGUUAAUCAGUCCAAAAGCAUAUGCAACGGCUUUGUUUGAAUCAAAGCUGGGGGGAAAAGGACCCCUUAGUGGACACCACUGCUGUACACCCUGGCUGUUGUGGUUGCACUUGCACACGGUGUGUGACUGCAGGUGGGGUGUGUCUUGCAGCCUCCACUGGCUCAGGGGCCACCGUGGCCAACAGCAUUGUCACCACCUCUGGACAAACGUUCCAGAUCUCUGGCAGCCCGGUGACCAUGGCUGGCCAGGUCAUCACCGCCAAGCUACCUAUCCCGGCCAACAGCAAGAUUGUCACGGUCAACAUGCCAACCACACAAGGAGGUAUGGAAGACCUUGCCGUCUGUACGGUUUUAGCCGGCACGAUCGCAUUGACCAGGCCUACCCCCACUCAGCAGGCCUACGCCCACUCAGCUAGCCUGCCCCCACUCAGCAAAACCAUGAACCAUCUCACCCCAGUGGAAACUAAACCUUUGAGGAGCUUUGAAGUGUUGCUUUUGGUUUGAGUGUGCUGGCUGCCCUAAUAUGUAGAAAAUGCCAAUGAUUUAUACAAGAACACUCCAGGAAGGAGUUCCCCUGGGAUGCCCUGUCUGUCUCCCUCAGUAAUAGACACAGUAAUGGCUGUUCUGUCUGUCAGAUUAUUGAUCCCAUGGAAGCUUCCUUCAGGUACCUUGGUUGGACUGAGUCCCAAACAGUCUCAACACAAAGGACCUGUUCUGCUUGAUCAAUACAGUCUGUCCAGGUCAUCUGCAAGAGGGGCAGAUGAAAUUUCUCCCACUGAUGGCUGUGACUUGACAGUACAUUUGGAGAUGUGAUUCAACUGAGUAUUUCUUUGGCAAACUGAAUUCUUAGUUCCAUGAGCUUUUAACAAGGGCAUUUGACUUGUUGUAAAUCUCAUUAUUGAGGUUCAACACCCUACUGUUGAUUUAUAUUUCUAGUAAAUGCAUGCUGCUUAACACAGUCCCUGUCCGCCACAGGUAUGGUGCAAGUCCAGCAGAAUGUCCUGGGCAUUAUUCCAUCCAGCACCCCAGGCAACCAGCGGACCUACUCCUCAUUCCAGAACCGCAACGCCACCAUCAACAUCAGACCCAACACCUCCACCUCAACCACUACUCAGCAGGUAGAGAAUAGACAUCAAACAGAUCUAUCUCUCUCUCACACAUAUUCUUGCUCUGUCUCUUUCCCUCUUAUGCUCCCCUCUCUCUUUCUUUGUUAUAAUCUUAAUUGGAAUGUAGUUAAAUGAGCAUAAUCAUAUGUACAGAAUCAUUUAUUUGUGUUUUGUUUCUUUGGCUCAGGUCAUCACCACUGGAGCCCAGAUUCGUCCGGGCAUGACGGUGAUCCGAUCGCCUCUACAGCAGGGCACCACCAUGGGCAAAACCAUCAUCAGAACCCCCUUGAUGAUGCAACAAGGUAUUCUACCAGCCAGUAGGUCUCUCUCCUCUACCGCCUCCCAACCUGUGGCUGCAUGGCUCUGCUCACUCCUCAGCAUGCAACAUUACUUUGUGUUGAUAUGUUUAUACGUAUUCAUUUUAUUAGGAUGGAUACUAUAUUUAGAACCAUAUUGGUAGUCCAUCGAUGUUAAUUUUAUGUAUGACCUCCAGUCAAUUCAUUCAUGAUAAGUCAACUGAUUUGUCUUGGGACUGUCCCAGGCACUUUUCUUAUUUAAGGCUACUUGUGUGUCCGUUUUUCUGUCUGCCUCACCCUCUCACUGUCUGUCCUCUAGGCCAGCAGCAGGUGGUGACUCAGAUCAUCCGGGGCCAGCCUGUCUCCACAGCAGUUUCCAGUACCAGCCCUGUGCAGACCAGCGCAGGCCAGAGGGUGCUGGGUGCCGCCCCGUCCCCCCGUCCUGUCACCCCUGCCCCCGGGCAGUCCCCAUCACCAUCCACCCCCCAAGGCGGCCGACCACAGCAGGGCCAGGUCAAACUCACCCUGGCCCAGCUCACCCAGCUAACACAGGGGGCACAGGUGAGGAGCCACCUGCUCUCUUUUACACCUACUUAUACACAUACUCUCACACUCCUGUUGGAUGGAUUCUCUGUGUGUUUCUAUGUCUGACUGUGUGUGUGUCUGUCUGUGUGUUCCAGGGAGGGAACCAGGGUCUCACAGUAGUGAUCCAGGGACAGGGCCAGACCACAGGCCAGCUGCAGGUCAUCCCCCAAGGGGUGACGGUCAUCCCAGGCCCUGGGCAGCAGCUCAUGCAGGCUGCCAUGCCCAACGGCCAGGUGCAGCGCUUCCUCUUCACCCCGGGGGCAUCAGCCCCUGCCCCCACCCCCGCCACCACGGCCAGCACUGCUGUCACCCCCGUCACAGCCACCACAACCACACCCUCAGUGCCAGGUAUGAGGCCAGGCCUCUUCAACAAGCAUCGUACACGAGGAUUUGCAGAUUUGUGAAUUCUAAUGUUCAUUUGGAUUGGUCUCUGGUUUGUGGUUAUGUGGAUGUGUUAAUACUGUGCCACUCUCUUUCUCUCCUACCUUGCAGCACUGUCUCAGCCUCAGGUUCAGACUCCCGCCACCUCUCAAGCACCGGCACCACCAGUCCAGCCUCCUCAACAGGCUAUCGCUCCAGUCCAGCCCCCUGCCCUCGCUCCUGCCCCCCCUCCAGUGUCCACACAUCAGACUCAACCCCCUCAGACUCAAAUCCACAUCCCCCUCCAGUCCCCCACUGCUUUACCCAUCCAGCAGAAAGCCCAGAUCCCAACCUCUCCACAACAGGUCCAUAUAAAGGCUGUCUCUGUCUCCCCCUCCGUCACCAAGGCCACAGUGAGGCCCAUCCAGGCCCAUGCUCAACUCCAGCCCCAGGCUCCGGCUCAGAUCAGGCCACAGCAGCAGCUGCAGCUCCACCACCAACCCCAGCUGAUCACGUUGCCGGGGCUGCAGCAGCAGGUCCAGGUGCUGGGUACCAUCCAGACCCACGUGGCGGCCCAGCUCCAGGCCCAGCAGGGUGGGGCGGUGCCCCAGCAGAUCAAGCUGCAGCUGCCUAUCCAGAUCCAGCAGGCAGGGGGCCAGGUGCAGGCCCACCAGAUCCAGAACGUGGUGACCAUCCAGACGGCCAGCGUGCAGGAGCAACUGCAGAGGAUCCAGCAGCUCAGAGAGCAGCAGCAGCAGAAGAAGAAGCAGCAGGAGGCCAAGAGGGAGCAGAGCCUGCAGGCCUCCAGCCCCAGCGACAUCAUCCAGAAACAGGUGGUGAUGAACCAGAAUGCUGUGAUAGAAAAUCUGAAACAGAGGAAGACCAUGACUCCAGCAGAGCGGGAGGAGAACCAGAGGUAUGGCUCUCAUUGUUCACAGACAUGACCCUUACAUAACGACACUCAUAUGAAUUACAGUAAAUGUUUUAUCCAUUUGUCAGUUCCAAAACCUUACUAUAAUUAAUCCAACCAACAAUCUGCAACUAUUUUGUAUUAGUUGUAUUUCGUCUGAUUCCAUGAUGAGUCUGACAAGCCCUCCCUUCCUCUAUCCCCUGCUGAGCAGAAUGAUCGUCUGCAACCAGGUGAUGAAGUUCAUCCUGGACAAGAUCGACAAGGACGAGAAGCAGGCGGCUAAGAAGAGGAAGAAGGAGGAGUCUGUGGAGCAGAAACGCAGCAAGCAGAAUGCCUCCAAGCUCUCUGCGCUGCUCUUCAAGCACAAAGAGCAGCUCAAGGCUGAGAUCCUGAAGAAGAGGGCUCUACUGGACAAGGAGCUGCAGCUGGAGGUUCAGGUCAGUGCCAUAGCCACCUCUGCUCUCUAACACACAUCAUAGGCCACUUUAUUGUAGUGCUCCAUUAGGGUGUAGAAGUGUGAUAUUGGAUGUAUUGAGAAAUAUUGUGGCCACUGGCCAGGAAUUCCUUACAUUGUGAUAAUACCAAAUGUCAACCAUUCUCUCCCUCUCUGUCCUUCCUUUCCCCUCUGUCCUUCUCUCUCUCAGGAGGAGCUGAGGAGGGACAUCAGCAGGCUGAGGAAGGAGAAGGAGAAGGCCCAAGCUGCAGCCUCUCAGGCAGCCGCUGCUGCAGCUGCAGCCCAGGUAGCCUCCUCCCUCUCCCCUACCAUGGCCUCGCCCUCCUCCGCCCACAAACGCAAGAGGGACGACGAGAGGGACUCGUCCUCCGCCAAGCCCAAGAAGAAGAAGAUGAUAUCCACUACCUCAAAGGAUUACAAGAAGGAAGUCAAGCUGUACUGUGUCUGUAAAACGCCCUAUGACGAGGCCAAGUAAGAGACAGAUGCACCAUAUCGUGUUCCCAUAGAAACACUGAACAUGUAAUUGAACUGUAGCAUGUAUGUCAAAGACGACAAACUUAACAAGUCCACAUGGUUUCAGGUUCUACAUUGGGUGCGACCUGUGCUCCAACUGGUUCCACGGUGCGUGUGUGGGCAUCACGGAGAAGGAGGCCAAGAAGAUGGACGACUACGUUUGUAAUGGCUGCAAGCAGGGCCAGGACUCACAGGACUCAGAGGGCACAACGGAGGAGCUGUACUGCAUCUGCCGGACGCCAUACGACCAAACACAGUAUGAUAACACAAUACGAAUAAGGUUACAGCUUGGGUGGACUGAAUGUUAUAGGUCCAAAUAUCCCUGACCUGUACUUCCCAUGUCUUUUCUCCCAGGUUUUACAUUGGCUGCGACCGUUGCCAGAACUGGUACCACGGGCGCUGUGUGGGCAUCCUGCAGAGCGAGGCCAACCACAUAGACGAAUACGUGUGCCCGCAGUGUCAGUCCACGGAGGACGCCAUGACAGUCCUCACACCGCUAACAGACAAGGACUACGAGGGGUUAAGAAGAAUCCUGCGCUCCUUACAGGUAUGAAAUCCUGAGGUCUCCUCUGUUGAGUGUCUUUACUGAUGAUGCCAUUUGACAGUAUACCUCACUGUUGUAAAUCUAGUGAAACAUCUAUUUUUCUGUUAACAGGCUCACAAAAUGGCGUGGCCGUUCCUUGAACCAGUAGAUCCCAACGAUGCUCCUGAUUAUUAUGGUGUUAUAAAGGAACCGAUGGGUAAGAUCACAUCUCUAAAUCACUGGAAUGUUAUUGACUGUCGCUAUUAUUUCUGUUUGGUAGAAAAAACAUUGUAAUCUUGAAUGUGUUUAGAAAAUAUAGUAAUUUACCAACAUUUACCUUUGAUCACCCUUCUCUGUUUCAUCCCCAGACCUCUCCACAAUGGAAGACAGAUUACAGAAACGGUAUUACAACAAGCUCACCGAGUUUGUGGCAGAUAUGACCAAAGUCUUUGACAACUGCCGCUACUACAACCCCAAUGACUCACCCUUCUUUCAGUGUGCCGAAGUUCUGGAGGCAUUCUUUGUACAGAAGCUCAAAGGUUUCAAAGCUAGCAGGUAAGUUUAGAGCUCUCAUGACUCCCAAAGCUCUUCAGAGGCCCUGUCAUUAAGUCUGCCGUUAGAAAAGACUCCCUCCGUCAUGCACCUCUGCAUGGGUAAUGGCUUGUCAGUCAUAAUGUUCAUGAUCCGUUUCGGACACUCCAUGUGACUUUGAUUGAAUCUGCCUACGAGAAUUUCCCAAGAACACCCUGUUUUCCAUGUAAUCUUUUCUUUUUCAUUAAACCAUGCAUCCGUAUCAUGCUACAGUAGUUAGCCUCAUGCACUCUCUGGGCAUGUCAGUUUGUGCUGUAGUAGCCUGACUUUGGCUGUAGCCUUCCCUAUAGACCUUCCUGUGGUCUGUGGGCUGCUUGGUAGAGGGAUGCAGAGUCUUACCAAAGCCUACAUGGCUGACUUCAGCUCAGACAUCCUCCCUGCAAUAGUUCUCAAUUGUGGUUCAUUAAUGUUUGCUCUAUCUCUGUGUCAUGCAUCACCUUGCAUUUGUGUCUGUUUCACCUGUUCCGCAUGCAUUUGAUUUAUGCCACUCAUUCUCUCUUUCUUGCAGAUUGUGAUGUCAUAAGUCUGACGUUAUAGCUGGAGUCUGAGAUGGAUGCAGGGGUCUCUAGUAGUGAAUCAUGGAACUUGCUGUUUCAUAAACAGCAGAAAUUCUGUGUGAUUAUUUAAGAUUAAAGAAAUAAAUACACACACACACACACACACACACACACACACACACACAAGCGUUCUAUCAGUGAAACAAACCAUGCUUAAAAGUACAUUUGCAAGUAUAGAAGCCAAAUUCCAAAGAUGCCUUCAGUGACAAUCACAAAAUGGCAGCCAUGUUGACACUUACAAAUCAAGUUUUCAAGGGAUAUGCUUUUUCUCUAUUAUUUUGGUCAUUUCACCAUUUAAAAUCGUAUCAAUUAUCAGCAAGAUAACAUCAGUGUCAGGGAAGCUUUUUUUUAGAAAUGUGUAAAUAAGCUUCACUCAGAAAUGCAUUUUUUUUUUUUGUAGUUAGUUAUUAA